AUGUACCUGGGGAGCAUCAAAGACAUUGAGGAUGACCUUCUUUGGAGGGGAGAACACAAACAGGUAUACGUGUGUGUAAAUAAGAACAAAAAUAAAGAAGCGAUAAAAAUAGACAUCAGUUAUGAUAACAAUAUUUAUGAUAUAUUACAAUUAGGAAGAGAGAAAUAUGGAAUCAAUGGAGAAUACAUAACUGACAGUUGUGGGAAUGUAAUAAAAUCAAUAAAAGAUAUUAUUGAUGGUGAUACAUUAUAUUUAAAAGAAAGUGUAGAUAAAUUAUAUAUUGAUAGUAAAAUGGAAAAUAAUUUAAUUGUUAAUGAUUAUGUAGUUCAAAAGAGAAUAGGAUCUGGUGGAUUUGGAAUAGUAUUUCAAGGUAUCCAUAUACAAACAAAACAGAGAGUUGCUUUAAAAUUUAUUCCUAAAAGUAAUUUCUUAGAUGUUACAGAUGUGCACAGAGUUUUUAUUGAAAUACAAACAUUAAGAGGACUAAUACAUAAUAAUAUAAUUAAAAUGUAUGAUGUAAAUCAUUUUCAAAAUUACGUGUGUUUAAUUAUGGAAUAUGCUAUUAAUGGAGAUUUAAAAAAUUAUAUUUUAAAAAAUAAUGGAUACUUAUCAGAAAAAGAAGCACAUGAUUUAUUUCUUCAAAUUGUUAAGGGAGUAUAUUAUUGUCAUUCUAAACAUAUAGUACAUCGAGAUUUAAAAUUAGAAAAUAUUUUAUUAGAUGAAAAUAUGACUUGUAAAAUUGCUGAUUUUGGUUUAUCUGACUUUGUUAAUGUUGAUCAGAAUAUUAAAACAGAAGCUGGUACUAAAGCUUAUAUAGCUCCAGAAAUUAUUUUCAAUCAAACUAUUAAUUAUUCUGUUUUUAAGCUAGAUAUAUGGAGCUUAGGUAUAUUAUUAUUUAUCAUGACUCAAGGAUUCGCACCUUUUAAAUAUGGAAAAAAGGAAUUAAAAAACUUUGAAAGUAACACUCUGCAAUAUCCAAACGAUGUAUCCGAUGAUCUGAAAAGUUUAAUCUCCAUGAUGCUCAACGUAGAUCCGAACAAGCGCCCCAUUAUUGUAGAAAUACUUAACCACAGGUGGUUUUACAAAUACACGGAGGGGGUGUAA